GUCCAGUAGUCUCUAAUGGUGUUUAGUGUUUGUCCUGACUGUACCGAUAGGACAGUGCUGGACUGUGUGUUUCAAGGCAAGGAGAGCAAAAUGUCCAGCGUUAAAGAGGAGUGUGAGGACAUUGGUGUGAUGGAGGCGACUGGACUGAAGACUGAAGACCAGCAGAUGGACAAAGACAUCAAAGAGGAGCACAAAUCAGAAGUGAAGAUGUUUCAGGAAGAAUACGAUGCAAAGAAACCUCCCCAAAGCACUGGGCCUGGAUACAGCUUCUGUACUGCCUCCCACCCUAAAGACCACCUGAGAAUUCAUACUGGAGAAGACCCCUCGCAGCGUGGGAGGAUCCUCAGCUCUGAGAGAGCUCUGAGACGGCACAUGGAAAUGCAUGAAGGACAGAGACCUCAUCGGUGCUCUCAAUGUGAGUGGAGCUUCAAAUGCUUCACAGAUCUGAGACGGCAUGAAAAGAUUCAUACUGGAACGAAGCUGUUCAGCUGCUCCGAGUGCGGGAAAGACUUCACGACCUCAAAACGCCUUAAAACCCACACCAUGAUUCAUACCGGAGAGAAGCCGUUCUCCUGCUCCAAGUGCGGGAAAAGUUUCAGAACAUCGAGCCACCUUAAAGCUCACGUGAUGAUUCACACCGGAGAAAAGCCUUUCAGCUGCUCUCAGUGCGGGAAGAGUUUUUCGAGAUCAUUUGACUUUAAAACCCACGCGAUGAUUCAUACCGGAGAGAAGCCGUUCUCCUGCUCCGAGUGCGGAAAGGGUUUUUCGGAAUCGAGGCGACUAAAGUCCCACAUGAUGAUUCAUACCGGAGAGAAGCCUUUUAGCUGCUCUCAGUGUGGGAAGAGGUUUUCCAGACAGUUUGAGUAUAAAAUCCACCUGAUGAUUCAUACUGGGAUAACACCGUUUCCCUGCUCCGUGUGCGGAAAAGGCUGCUUGAAUUCAAGCCACCGCAAAACCCACAUGAUGACUCAUACCGGGGAGAAGCCGUUCAUCUGCUCCGAGUGCGGAAGGUGUUUUUCAACGUUGAAACAGCUGAAGUCUCACCUGAUAACUCAUACCGGUGAUAAGCCGUUCGCCUGCGCUCAGUGCGGGGCGAGGUUCACCACCGCGAGCGCUCUAACGAGGCACAGGUACGUACACACCGGAAACAAGCCCCACCAGUGCCCCCAGUGCCGGAAGAACUUCAUACGGCUCUCAGAGUUAAAAGACCACCGAAGAGUUCAUACCGGAGAAAAGCCUUUUAGCUGCUCUCAGUGCGGCAAGAGUUUUGCGACCACUAACGGCCUCGUAAAUCACAUGUAUGAACAUACUGGAAACAAACCCCACCAGUGCUCCCAGUGCGAGAAGAGCUUCACCUGUGUCUCGAAGCUGCAGCUACACCAGAAGACACAUCUGAAGUCCCACCAGAGAAGAAAAACUGACUCCCAGCUUCACCUGCUUCACCUGAGUGGAAGAGAGAGGAGCAUCUCACUGAGUCCUUCUGAGCUCCACCUGCUCUCCAAAGCCCAGCCUCACCUGCUUCACCUGAGUGGAAGAGAGAGGAGCAUCUCACUGAGUCCCUCUGAGCUCCACCUGCUCUCCAAAGCCCAGCCUCACCUGCUUCACCUGAGUGGAAGAGAGAGGAGCAUCUCACUGAGUCCCUCUGAGCUCCACCUGCUCUCCAAAGCCCAGCUUCACCUGCUUCACCUGAGUGGAAGAGAGAGGAGCAUCUCACCGAGUCCUUCUGAGCUCCACCUGCUCUCCAAAGCCCAGCUUCACCUGCUUCACAUGAGUGGAAGAGAGAGGAGCAUCUCACUGAGUUCCUCUGAGCUCCACCUGCUCUCCAAAGCCCUGCUUCACCUGUGUGGAAGAGAGAGAGCUCCACCUGCUUCACCUGUGUGGAAGAGAGAGGGCAGAGAGAGGAAAAUGUCCAGCGUUAAAGAGGAGUGUGAGGAUAUCGGUGUGAUGGAGGCCACUGGACUGAAGACUGAAGACCAGCAGAUGGACAGAGGUAUAACGUUGUGUGAAGACAUUAAAGAGGACAACAAGCCAGAUGUGACAACAAUUCAGGAAGAGCCCGGCACGCAGCCACUUCACCAAGACGAUCAGCAUGGAAGCAGCUUCAGCGAUGCCUUCCUCCUGAAAGAUCACCUGAGAAUCCAUACAGGAGACGGACCGUUCGCCUGUUUGCUGUGCGGGUGCCGUUUCACUGCCGAGAAAGCUCUGAAACGCCACAUAGACAUGCAUGAAGGAAAGAGACCUCACCAGUGUUCCAAGUGUGAAUGGUGCUUCGCACGUUUGCCGGAUUUAAAACAGCAUGAAAAGAUUCACACCGGAGAGAAACCGUUCACUUGCUCAGAGUGCGGGAAGAGCUUCUUCAAGCUGAAUCGCCUCCGAACCCACAUGAUGAUGCAUACCGGAGAUAAACCCUUCACCUGCACCGUGUGCGGAAAACAGUUUGCGCAGGCCAACAACAUUAAAGCCCACAUGGUGAUUCAUACUGGAGAAAGGCCCUUCAGCUGCUCGCAGUGCGGGAAGAGCUUCUUGAGAGUGUUUGACUACAAGAUCCACGUGAUGACUCACUCCGAGAAGAAGCCGUUUACCUGCUCUGAAUGCGGAAAAGGGUUUUCGCAAGCAGGUCGCCUUAAAACUCAUAUGAUGAUUCAUACCGGAGAGAAGCCUUUUGUCUGCUCCGAGUGCGGUAAGGCUUUCUCAGCGUCCAAACAUCUGAAGACUCACAUGGUGGUUCAUACCACAGAGAAACCGCAUCCCUGCGCUCAGUGCGGGAAGAGCUUCUCCACGGCGAGAGUCUUGAAGAUGCACAUGUAUAAACACACAGGAAACAAACCCCACCGGUGCCCUCAGUGCGAGAAGAGCUUUGUCAACCUGUCAGACCUGAAAGAUCACCAAAGGACCCACACUGGAGAAAAGCCCUUUAUCUGCUCUCAAUGUGGGAAGGGCUUUGCCAGCGCGAGUGGUCUUACGUAUCACACAUACGUACAUACAGGAAACAAGCCUCACCAGUGCUCCCAGUGUGAGAAGAGCUUCAUCAAUCUCUCGAAGCUGAAAGCCCACCUGUGGACGCACACUGGAGAAAAGCCUUUCAGCUGCACGCAGUGUGGAAAGAAAUCGACAACGUUGUACAACCUUAAGAUCCACAUGAAGGUUCACACAUGAGACAUUUGAUGUGCCCUUAAUUUGGGUAGAUUAUAUGAAAGCAAGCCAGAGUGGAGAAAACCGUUGAUGCCGUUGGCUGCAUAUGAUUGGAGGAAGAAGCCCCUGGGGAUAAGAGUGUGACCCCACCUUAUUUAACCUCCUCUCCUGACCGAACGAUGGCACCAAACCUGAUCUUGACACACUUACUGAACGGCUGUGGUGUCAUUUAUUCUGAAAUUUCAUCUGGAUGGCGGCCUGUUUUGUGUAAUCUGUUGCUGGAUAAUAAAGAUUGUGUUUUUAAUAAGUUGUUAAUAAAGCAAUAAGACACUAGAGACUGUGCGUUACUGCAGUUUUAUCACAGGGAAGGGUGUUAUUAGGCACGAUCCAAAGCAAAAUAAACCUCCCCUGUGAUAAAAUCACUGUAACGCAUGGCCUCAAGUGGCUUAUUGCAUUUCUAAAACGCCAGCCAACAUAAAAUACAGUUAUUGUUAAAAAUCAACAAACAAAGAUUCUGCCAAGAAAUGUAGUUCCUUUAGAGUAUGGUGUUAUUGCCAAGCAACCAUGGACCACUGAAUUAGGAGAAUGUUUGGUCACCAAUCGCUGUAUGUUGCAGUCAUUUAAUAAACUUCUUGUCAUAUAGCA